AUGAGGUUUUCCCAAAGUUGUUGCCUUCAAGUUCUAAUCCUGCUCCUCCUGCUGCUAAAGUCCCCGUGCACGGUUCAGGAAAAACUCCGCAAAUACUUUUGGAGUUCUCUUCAGAAUAAAACAAUAAUAAAACCAAAGAUUCAUCCGUUGGUGAUCAGUACCUGGAACUAUAGGGAUGCCAAUCUGCAGGCUUGGAGUGUCUUGAAGGAAGGACCUCGUCGAACGCGGCAAGCUGUUAUUCAGGGCUGUUUGGCCUGUCAGCACAAGCGUUGUGGCCGUCUUUUGGCCGAAGGAUCUGCUCCGGAUGAGGAGGGAAAUCUCACCGUCGAGGCAGCCCUCAUGGACGGCGAAACCUUGGAGUUUGGAGCCGUAGCUGCCCUGGAGGGUAUCCGACAAGCCAUCCUUGUGGCCGAUGCCGUCCUCAGAUACACAAAGCACUCCCUGAUUGUGGGCAAAAGUGCUGCAAUAUUUGCCAGAUCUCUUGGCUAUCAGGAGAAUGAGAUUCCCUCAAGUCGCUUCACCAAGAAAGUUCUGAAGAGAUGGCGCCUGCAGCACUGUCAGCCUAAUUUCUGGCGUGAUGUUCGUCCUUCACCUACAGAGAAUUGUGGUCCGUAUUAUCCGUUGCCGGAGGACCUUCUCCACUGGCAACCGAUGCGCCAGGAAUAUCACAUCCAGGAGGGUCAACACGAUCAUAUAGCCUUCUUGGCCCUGGAUGAUACUGGUCACUUGCAUGUGGCCAGCCACUCGAGUGGAGCUCGUUUCCGGAUCCCAGGACGAGUGGGAGACUCGGCGGUGCCGGGUGCCGGGAUUUAUGCGGAUAACGAGGUGGGUGGGGCUGUGGUCAGCGGAGACGGCGAUGUCCUGAUGCGACACCUGCCCGCCUUCCUUGCCGUUGAAGCUCUGCGAGCUGGUCACAAUACAUCGGAGGCAGCCGAGUUGGUAAUCCAUAGAUUACUCAAACACAACACGGAGUUCAAUGGCGGCAUUGUGGUGGUGACUCGUCUGGGUUCCUAUGCCGCCGCCUGUGCCGGACUGGAUGAGUUCCAGUUCGUGGUCAGUGGUGGCCAUGAGUACCUAAGCAUGGCGCGUGUGGAGAGGAUCAAGUGUGUGGAGAGAUCAAUCGAAAUCAUUGUUGAAGGACCCACUGGACACUUUCUACGCAUUCCCGAAAAAAUUAAUGGAAAUGCAUAAAAAGAGUCUAGAAAACUUGAAGAAAUCAAUGCAAGUGUACAAAAUAUUAAGGUAAAAGUGUAAGACAA